AUGGAAUCGGACACAUGUACACUUGUAUCGGCGCAUCCUAACAUUAUUUUUACGCACGCUGACAAGGGUAACAUCACGGUUGUUAUGGACAAAGACGCAUACAUGAAUAAAAUGACCACUUUAUUAAGUGACGUAGACACAUAUGUUCUGGUCAAUAAAGAUCCUGCUAAGAAACUCACGACGGCUUUAAGGUCCAUGCUCACCAGAUGGAAAACAAAAAAUUAUAUUAGCGACACUAAGUACAGAACGUUAUAUCGUAGUGACGGAUCACUUCCGAAAGUCUAUGGAUUGCCGAAGAUUCAUAAACCUGGUUGUCUUCUAAGGGUCAUCGUCUCUUCGAUAGGUAGUCCGCUGAGACAGCUGGAUCACGAAUUCCAAUGGGACGAAGUCGUAAUUUUAGACGAGGAGCCUUGUUAUCGGAGACAUUUGGUUUCAGAGAUGCUUAAUAUCAGGAAACAGAAGAAUGGUCUCAACUUACAAACUGAUACCGAUGGCCUCUACAAGGCUUCUAUUCCCAUCAUAAAUAAAGUUGACUUUCUGAUACUAACAGUCCGUCUCUUCUCUCAGUCUGUUUUGAUCAGCAUUACUGAACGUACAUAG